ACUGGGAGUCACUUUGAGCUGAUGCUCCGCCACAUGCUCGCAUCAUUGUUGGCAACACCAGCCUUACAUCAGCACAGACGACUCUCUCACACACGCACGCACUCACAAACACACACUCUGACCGGCACGAUGGAUGGGCAACAGAAAGACCGCAGACAGACUCACUUGUGGAUAUUGACGUUACAGAUAUUUGUCUAACCUCAAGCCCUGGAUAACUCGGUCUUUGCCAAAUUCUUCCUCUGGAUACGGAUCGUGGAGCUGGAUCUUGUCCACAGGCUUCAGAAGUCGGAUUAUAUUUAUUUUGAUCUCUUCAUUUGUCAUCACUCCGUUGUCACUACUUGGAAUAGGAGCGGGGUUUUUUUUUCUGGAGGACAAACUGAUUUUUAAGGAUACGCACAUCAACCCUAAAGGAUGGCCGUUUGGUUCACCUCUUUCCUCGCAAUAGUUAUGACAUUAUUUACUCAGGUUCUGGGAUCAGGUGUAUUCGAGAUAGAUCUCCAUCACUUUCAGAAUACUAAAGGUUUGCUGGCAAAUGGACUCAGUUGCAGCGCAUCUGGCUGCAGGACUUAUUUCAGGGUUUGUUUGAAGAACUUCCAGACGGUGGUGUCACCUGGAAAGUGUUUAUUUGGCAAAGUCACCACACCUGUUCUGGGCACUGACUCUUUCACCAUGCAGCUGGACGCCAGGUUGCGUUUGCCGCUCAACUUCACCUGGCCGGGUGCUUUCUCAUUAGUUAUUGAAGCCUGGCAUUCUCCUGCAGCGGACCCAACUGGAGACACCACCAACCCUGAAUUGUUGAUUAGUUCUUUUGCCAUCCAAAGACAGUUGGGAAUAGGGCCUGAGUGGUCCCCGGAAGUUUCUAGCGGGACGCAGUGCGAGCUAAGGUACUCAUACCGGUUCAUCUGCAAUGACAAUUACUACGGGGACACUUGCUCCAAAAUAUGCGCUCCGAGGGACGACCACUUUGGCCACUACACCUGCAAGCCUGACGGGCAAAUAGCCUGUCUACCGGGAUGGAAGGGAGAAUACUGCCAAGAACCUGUCUGUCUUGAGGGGUGUAACGAAAGAAAUGGAAACUGCACCAUACCUGGAGAGUGCAAAUGCAGAGAGGGCUGGCAGGGCCUCUUUUGUGAUGUGUGUAAACUUCAUCCGUCCUGUAAACAUGGUACCUGUAAAGAGCCGUGGCAGUGCACCUGCAAGGAAGGCUGGGGAGGCAUUUUUUGUGACCAAGAUCUUAAUUACUGCACCCACCACAAACCCUGUGCCAAUGGGGCCACGUGUCUGAACACAGGCCAGGGAAGCUAUACCUGCACCUGUCUGCCAGGCUUCACCGGGGUCAACUGUGACUUGGAGGUCAGGGAGUGUGAUAGCCAGCCCUGUCGCAAUGGAGGCCACUGCCUGGACUCUGAGGGUGGCUAUAGGUGUGUGUGUCUGCAGGGGUUUGAAGGGACACACUGUGAACACAAGAUGCUGACCUGCGCAGAUACACCCUGCUUCCAUGGUGGCAGGUGCAGAGAGAGGGAUAAUGGGCAAAGCUACGUGUGCGAGUGCCCUGCAGGAUACACUGGACUUAACUGUGAGAAGAAAAUGGACAAAUGUACCUCGCUGCAAUGUGCUAACGGUGGACAUUGUGUGAUCCACGGUAAACUCCACGAGUGCAGCUGUCGCUCAGGCUUCACAGGUCUGCGCUGUGAGAUCAACAUCAAUGAAUGUGCCAGGAACCCCUGCGCAAAUGGCUCCACCUGCAUAGACCGCAUCAAUGACUACACCUGCACCUGCCCCCCAGGGUUCACAGGCCGCCACUGUGACAAACCAACGGACCGCUGUGCCUCCAAACCCUGCCUGAACGGUGGGACCUGCACCUCUACAGCAAAAAGCCUACCCUCCUGCAUCUGCCCCGCCCCUUACAGCGGCCCCCAGUGCCAGUUCGACAAUGUGCCUUCACCCAACACACCCAGCCCCACCAUAGGAUGGGAUUCAUAUGACAAGCUAAGCUUGGUGGCCAUAAUUCUGGGAGUAGGCCUGGUGGCUGUUUCGGUGCUUUGCUGCAUGGUGGUGGUGGUAAUACGUCACAUGAGGAAGCAGAGGAAAAAGGAGCAGGACUCAGAGACCAUGAACAACCUCUCCAAGAGUGAAUUUCAUAGAGAGAACCUCAUUUCCCCUCUGGAGCUCAAGAACAACAAUAAAAAGAUUGAUCUGGAGGUGGAGUGUCCCAGGGAAAAGUCAAAUCACAAACACAUCAACCAUUACCACAUGGACUAUAAAUCCUCUUCGGGGUACAAGGAUGAACUGUCACUUUUGGACAAAGAUGAACACUGUGAAAAGACAAUAGAAGAGAAAAAAGAUUUGAGUCGAAUGUACAGUGAACGACCAGAGGGCAGAAUAUCAACAAUAUGUUCUUCCAGAAAUUCAAUGUACCAGUCUGUCUUUGUAUUAGCAGAGGAGAAAAAUGAAUGCAUCAUUGCAACUGAGGUAUAAUAAAUGGAGGACAUUGUUCACUGCAACAUUGGAUUUCUAAUGAACUGUUUACAAGUGUGGAGAGACUGGGAUUUAUUUAAAUGCAAGUUGCUGCUCUUGAAAACUUGAUAACUGGACGGAGCCGGUGUGCUCUCAGACUUCAAACAGAAGUAAAGCUACUAAACUUUGUGAGAAUGUAAAGACUGAAAAAACUGUGGGAAAUAAUUAGCAAAUCUGACUUGUGGACGCUUCUUUCGAUGUUGUCCGGUCAAACUCCUUGUCUGCUCUGUGCAAGUUCACCCAAGGGCUUCAGGCCGCAACGCUUUGCCUGAUUAGAAGAAGAGGACUAUCGUGAUCAACUCCUCUCCACCUUAUUGCAGUAAUCAGCAAUCAACAAAUCAAUUUACUGCCAACAAGCCUGGUGGAGGAGCUAGACUUUUGCAUUUUCUGUGGCCUGCAAUGCACUAUGCAAACAAAGACCAGCAUUGUGCUGAAUCAGAAAGGGACAAACUACUGAAAACGGUUCAUUUUAGAAGAAGUUUAGCGUUAUCACUUUGUAAAUCCUCUUUUAUAAAGAAUGUAUGCAGCCUAGAUCACAAAGCCUUAUAUUCAUGUUUAGGUAAACAUAGUGCCCUGCCUUAUUUUGAUUCCUUUGCACAGUAAAAUGGAGAUAAAUGACAAAAGAUCAAAAGAUGCAAUAUGCCUCAGCUGCAUGCAGGGAAAGUCAUGAUAAGGCCUUGUUUUUUAUGCAAGAUCACCCUUAAAUAAAGACAAAGAAAUACAUGAAGUGACUAUCGUACCAAGGACGCCUUCGAAGGAAAUUACGGAACCAAUAAUGUUAUUUGUAAGAUUAGUAUUUCAGUAGUUAUUUAAGAAACACUGAUCUUUAUAUGUUUUAUAAGAUUAUUUUGUAUAUACUGUAUAUUUAUAUGUCCAGAUUAGAAUUAUGAAUCUGUUUUUGAGUUGACCCAAGAAAGGUGAAAUUAUUUUUAAAGGUGUCUGUUUUAUUAUUUUUUAUUAUAAAAAGAAACAAUGAAUACAUAUCUGGUACACUGUUUGUUUGUUGGUCUUCAAUGGUUGAGUGUACAUGUGGUUGCAUAACAAUCCUUAAUUUAAAUGUUGGAAUUAUCUAGAAAAUUAAUUUGUGUCACAGCUGGUGUGGAAGUGGCUUUAUUAUCUAUAGAUCCAGGCAGUCCUAUAUUUGGCCUGGUAGCAUUUCUAAUGAUUCCAUCUCUAUGUCAAUGAUGUCUGUGUCGGUGUGAAGUGAAAUCAAUGUGCUAGCAAUCAUUCAGUGGACAGUGUUGUAAUUGGCAGUGAUGUAAGGACAACAAAAGGAUAUAUAUUUAAAGAAAAUAUUUGUAUGUGAAAAUAAAGAAUACUUGUGAUCU